AUUAAAUCAGAAUAUUAUCUUGAGCUAAUACGUUAUAAAAUAAAAUAUUCCAGAAACUAAUUUGUUUCGCUUAUAAUUUAUAGAUUCUUGGAUUUAACAGUUUUAUAUUUAAAGUAAAUUCCCUGCAUUAAUGAACGCUGAUGAAAGCAUAUUGAGAAUCCGACUUCCAAUUAAGAAGAUUCGUGACGACCAAGACGAUAUGCCUGUUGAAUGUUACCCGACAACCCUUGUGGACUUCUCCCGAAUACGUUGUCAGCCAUCGCCAAACUACAUGACAAUUCAGAGGCUAAGUACCGGCUUUGCCGCCAUGGAAAUGUCUUCCGACGACGAUACCUGUGACCUCUGUGACUUUGACCUUACAAAUAAGUCGGUUUUCGAGCAGAAUAAUGAUGGCGAUGGUAUUUUGCACGUUGCAAUCAUACAACAAGAUGUGGAUCUUGCUUGGUAUCUUAUUAGUCAUUGUCUACUUUCAGAUUCACUUAAUAUGCCUAAUUAUCUUUUUCAAACACCAUUGCACCUUGCGGUUAUCACAAACCAAUCAAUUAUUGUAAGAGGUUUAGUUUGCGCAUGUGCAGAUCUAAAGCCACGUGACAGAAAUGGCGACACGCCAUUACAUAUUGCGUGCAAAUAUGGUUACCUCGAUUGCGUAAAAGAGCUUUUAAGCCCUCACAGUUUACCCCAUGGAUGUCAAGAUCUCUCCAUAAGAAACUAUGAAGGAUUGACGUCCUUGCACAUCGCAGCUAUAAACAAUCAUAUGACAAUCGUAAAAAUGCUACUGGAAUCCGGAUGUGAUGUAAAUGUAACUGAUGGCAAAACAGGAAGAACUGUUCUGCAUAACGCAAGCCUAUGUGGUAAUGUAUCUCUCGUACGCCUUCUGCUCGGAGUCAAAGACUGUAAUAUUAAUGCCCAGGCGUAUGACUCUCGGACGCCAUUUGACCUUGCCUAUUCUAGAGGUGGCGAAGAGGUAAUUACGACGCUUGCAGCCAACGGGGCACGAUUCGGCACGGACUGUUUGGACGAUGAAUUAUGUUAAAAUAUGAAUUCGCUUAGACAAUUUUGGUUGUUGUUUUAAAGUUUUCCAAGUCUUAGUAGGUCGUUUACCUCAAUACAAUUAUAUGUUAUAUAUUUCAUUCUUGUUUGUUGAUAAAUUAUCCGUUUUGACUGUAGUUAUCUUGUUAUGAGCACUUGUCCAUUCAUGCAUUUAAAAAUAUUUUAAUAUUAUUCUUGUGUAUGUAUUUUUCGCAAAUGGAUAUUUUUCUUCUAGAACUUUAAGUAAUUGCUUUUAAAAACAAUAUUUUAUGAAACAUCACUUUGCAUACGUGCUUUUAUAUAUUCGUACGUAAUAAAAAAUCAUUUAUGUCAAUAAACAUUCUGACAUGUUCUAUUAUGUUUCCAGACGCCAUAGGUUAUAGGUGUAUUUUGAAAAUACAAUUUUCAAAUGAAAUAAAAUAAAAUUUUAUAAACAUUUUAAAUGCUUUCUGAAAAUGGUUGUGUUUACGUUUUAAUGUAUUGAUUUAUAAUUUAUAAGCGAUUGGUGUUGUUGAUAAUUAUUAUUUUUGAAUUAAAUUAUUGACAAAAAGAGUAUUGCAUUUGUGGUUUUCUACAUGCCAAAUAACGUUUAUCGAGAGCAUAUGCAUAUAAGUUGCAUAAUCAAACACGUACACAGUUGUUUUUUUCGAAUAAUGUUUUCGUUAUGGCGAGCAAUAAAUACGAUGCCGGUUUAAGCAGGAAGUUCUUUAUUACAUUACUAUUAGAAUAUGAUAGGGAUGUUUGCAGUCUACUGUUGUUGUUUUUUCAAAUCGGACGAAUCGGGACCGUCGAUUUAGACAGGAAUUUGGGGUUUAAGGUUUUGAAUAUGAUAUUAUCUACGAUUAUUGAUAAUGUGCUCCAAUACGCAAUCGACGCUUGUUUGUUUA